CGCCAUGCCGGAGCCGCGCAGGUCUUCCCCGCUGCGGGUGAACGCGGCUUUCGCGGCGCGGUACGGCCGCUACCGUGAGCGCGAAGAGCUGCAGCGGCUGAAGGAUCGCUACGGGGACCGGGACAGCGGCAGCGACUCCAGUUCCGAGACUGACUCCAGCGACGAGCACGUGGAGUUUGACCCCCAGGAGGAGCGUGACUUUUACAGGACACUGUCCUUGUUGAAGAAGAAGGAUCCCUGCAUUUAUCAGAAAGAUGCCACCUUCUAUCAGAGAACAGCAUCAUCCGACAGUGACAGUGAGGAGGAGCUGGCAGCCUUGGAGAAGCAGCAGAAAGUGCGGCCCAUGUACUUGAAGGACUAUGAGAGGAAGGUUAUCUUGGAGAAGGAAGGCAAAUACGUCGAUGAGGAGAACUCUGAUGAGGAAACCUCAGAUCAGAGAUUCCAGCAAACCUCGUCGCAGAGUUAUGUGGAAGAACAGAAGCAGCUCAAAGACAGCUUCCGUGUGUUCGUGGAGGACAGUACAGAUGAGGACAGCACUGGAGAAGGUGGCUCUGGGUUGCUGCAGAAACAUGCUAAAAGCAGGGAGGAGAAGGCCCAGGAGGAGGCCGACUACGUGGAGUGGCUGAAGGGACAGAAGGACAUUCAGAACCCCGAGUCCCUGAAGGAACUGACCCAUCUCAAGGAAUAUUGGAACAAUCCAGAGCUGGACGAAGGGGAGCGAUUCCUGCGGGAUUAUAUCCUCAACAAAUGCUAUGAGGAGGAGGGAGAUGAGGAUGAAGAGGAGGAGGAGGAAGAGGAGCAGGAAGGGGUCCCUGGUCCACCAGUCCAGCUGGCUGUGGAUGACUCCUCGGACGAGGGGGAGCUGUUUUUGAAGAAACAGGAGGACUUUGAGCACAAGUACAACUUCCGCUUUGAGGAGCCAGACUCAGCCUUGGUCAAGACCUACCCUCGAAGCAUCACGUCCUCUGUGCGCCGCAAGGACGAGCGCAGGAAGGAGAAAAGGGAAGAGACUCGGGAGCGAAAGAAGAGGGAGAAAGCCAAGAAGCAGGAGGAGCUGAAGCAGCUGAAGAACCUGAAGAGGAAGGAGAUUCUGGCCAAGCUGGAGAAGCUUCGGCAGGUCACUGGCAAUGAGACACUGGGCUUUGAAGAACGGGACCUGGAGGAUGACUUCGACCCUGCCCGGCACGACCAGCUCAUGCAGAAAUGCUUCGGGGAUGAGUACUACGGUACCAUGGAAGAAGAGAAGCCACAAUUUGAGGAAGAGGAGGGGCUUGAAGAUGACUGGAACUGGGACACGUGGGAUGGGCCGGAACAGGCUACAGCCUGGGGGCAGCAAGAGCUGCACUGUGAGGACCCCGACUUCAACAUGGAUGCUGACUACGACCCCAGCCAGCAGCGCAAGAAAAAGCAUGAGACACCCCCGACUGGCAAGAAGCAGCGCAGGUCACCCUUUGCUGCCGCUGUGGGGCAGGAAAAGCCUGUAUUCGACCCUGGGGACAAGACAUUCGAGGAGUACCUGGAUGAGUAUUACCGCCUGGACUACGAGGACGUCAUUGAUGACCUGCCUUGUCGCUUCAAAUACCGCACCGUGGUGCCCUGUGACUUCGGGCUCAGCACCGAGGAGAUCCUCGCCGCGGACGACAAGGAGCUGAACCGGUGGUGCUCCCUGAAGAAGACCUGCAUGUACAGGUCAGAGCAGGAGGAGCUGCGGGACAAGAGGGCGUACAGCCAGAAGGCCCAGAACACAUGGAAAAAGAGGCAGAUCUUCAAGUCCCUCUGCCCAGAGGAGACGGAUAUGCCCAUGGAAGCCACAGGGAAGCCACAGAGCACCAAAGCUGGCCCACAGGGGCAGCUGCCAGUGCCUGAUGGGGCCUGCAGGAAGCGGCCCCAGCCUCAGAGCCCCCCAGCACAGGAAGAAAAGGUCCCUGUGUCACCCACUGAGAAGACAGCCCCACAGAAGCGGAGGAGGGGCAAGAAAGCACGGGUGCUGGGCCCCACGGUGACGCUCGGUGGACGCGAGUUCAGCCGCCAGAGACUGCAGGCCUUUGGACUCAACCCCAAACGGCUGCACUUCCGCCAGCUGGGCCGGCAACGAAGAAAGCAGCAGGGGCCCAAGAGCGGCCCCUGAGCACAAGGGAGCAGGAAGGGGCCCCAGGGCUCCUUCCUCAAACCAAGCCCCUGGAUGUACCCCUCCUGCCGACAGUAGUGUAUCCAUCUGCUAUACAGAACCUCCUAUCUACCUGCAAGCAAGGGAGUCUUCCCAUCUUACAGAUGUGGAAACUGAGGCUGACAUACCUAUUUUCCCCAUGUGACUUAGAAACCUCAUUUGAGGCACCUCCUGGACCCCACAUCCUGUUUAGAACACUGAGGCCAGCCAUGGCCACAUUCAAGUCAGACGGCUUUAUUUGCCCCUCAGUGGCUACAGUUCCCCCAGGACAGGGGCUUCGGGACCAGUGAGGGGCCCAGGCGGUCCAGUGCAAACUACAGUACUUGAGUCGGGCCCUGAGUGGUGCCUGGGAGUCCUCCCUCCCUCCCUGCCCUGCAAGGAAGGGAGGCUGGCAUGCGGGCUCUGUACCGGUUGAAUGGGCUCCCAGACUGGUCACAGCUGGGCUUGGUGAGAGGGUGAGAACAGGAAAUCCCAACACCGCCAGAGUUCAAGCUCCCACACCCAACAUGACAUAAAUAAAAAAAUAAAUAGUGUUGCAUCUUU